AGGAGAUUGUUCCACACGGAUCUGCAGCUGUUAAACAGGCUGAAACACACAGACUGGCAGCAGAUCAGAAGCUGUUGGAUGUCUGAUACGAGUCUCAGGACUAAACAGCAGUGUGAAACACAGGAACCCAGGGAGACUUCCACAGAAAAACAAGCCCAGCGCAAGAAACUAGGCAGAUGGUACGGGAACAAUAUCUGACAACACAAGGCUGUAGCCUGCAGAGGCCAGAGAACCAAUAUGUCUACAAGAUUGGGAUCUAUGGCUGGAGGAAGCGUUGCCUUUAUUUAUUUGUGCUGCUGCUUCUCAUCAUCUUAGUUGUGAAUUUUGCAUUGACUAUCUGGAUUCUCAAAGUGAUGUGGUUUUCUACAGAUGGAAUGGGGCAUCUAAGAGUUACAGAAAAUGGGCUUCGUUUGGAAGGAGAGUCUGAAUUUCUUUUCCCAUUGUAUGCCAAAGAAAUUCGCUCUAGAAUGGACUCCCCCUUGCUUGUGGAUUCUUCACAGAAUGUGACUGUUAAUGCUCGUAACUCUGAAGGACAAGUCACAGGCAGAUUAACAGUGGGUCCCAGUACAGUGCAAGCUCAUGGAAAACAUUUUGAAGUCAACUCAAACACAGGCAGAAUGCUGUUUUCUGCAGACGAGAAUGAGGUGGUGGUCGGUGCUGAUAGACUUCGAGUCACAGGGCCAGAAGGUGCUCUCUUUGAACAUUCUGUGGAGACACCAGUUGUCAGAGCUGAACCGUUCAAGCAGCUCAGGCUGGAGUCUCCAACACGUUCUUUGUGCAUGGAUGCACCAAAAGGAGUUCAGAUCAAAGCAAGAGCUGGAAACGUUGAAGCCUCUUCUCAGAGGGACAUUGUUUUUCAUACAAGUGAAGGAACGGUAAUGUUAGAUGCUGAGACUGUGAAACUGCCCAAGUUGCCUCAUGGGGCUCAGGGGGGAUCUGGAAAUCCUCAGGGACUUUAUGAAGUUUGUGUCUGUCCAGAUGGAAAGCUGUACCUGUCUGUCGCAGGAGUGGGAUCUACCUGCCAGGAAUACAGCCGAGUGUGCCAGUGAGCAUCUUGGUGUCUUCUCAAAUCUUCUGAGAACUUGACAUUUCAUCCAGCGAUUUUGAAAACGUUUGAAUUUUUUCAGUAAAUGCAGCUGCAAGUAUCAGUGCCAUAUAAUCAUUUUUUAAAAAAAAAGUGGUAAAAGAUUUCCCUGCGCCAAUACAUCUAAUCUGAGACAUUAAACAGAAACCCCUAUUGCCCCAGAAAAAAUGAAAAUAGUCAAUUUACAAAUGGACAACAAGAGCACAAUGCAAACUCUAAUUUCAAAUAAUGGAAGCAGAAAUCUAACUCGGGCUCAACUGCCAUUGUUGCACAUACAACAUUGCUAAACACUCCACAUAAUGGACUGCAACAUGAUGUACCAUAAACAGUUGCAUCAGAUGAUCCUCUGAUUAUUGAACAAUUUUAUAGGAAAGCUGUAUGGACUCGGAAUUAUAAAUCGACAUUUUCUAUCAGUGCAUCAAAGUAACUACGACAUCAUCCAAAUUGUAAACCAACAUCUGAGGUUCAUUUUUUUAACAAUUAAAAUACAUUGUAUUAAUUCAAUUUUGAUACACUUACAGCGGGGACUUGGUAGAUUUUGACCGGUGUCCGUUUGAUCUCUAUGCAAUAACUUUUUUUUUCCUGCAAUAACACUUGAACCACAAGAGCUGUGCUUUUUGUACAAAACUACAACGUGGAAUAAAGUACCCAAAGCUUUACCAUCUAUAUGUAAACCACAGUAUUAAAGUUGCAGUACCCUUUCUUAGUCUUUUUAUAAAGCUAUGUUGAAAUGUAUGAAAUAAAAUUACACAAUCCCUACA